CACUUGCUAGGAGCUAUAAAACCUAAGACUGGAAAACAACACCAGCACUUGCCAUGGAUGGCUGCUCUGAGAAGAUGCGUUUUCUUUCUCUUCUCCUGCUCGUCUUUCUCCUAUCACCUAGAGCUGAAGCUGGGAAGAUCAUCGGAGGCAAAGAGUGCAAGCCACACUCCCACCCUCACAUGGCCUACCUGGAAAUUGUCACUUCUGGGGGUCAGCUGGGUAGUUGUGGUGGUUUCCUAAUAAGACGGGACUUUGUACUGACGGCUGCUCACUGUGCAGGAAGCUCUAUAACAGUCGUGCUUGGAGCCCAUAACAUAAAAGAGAAACAAGACACGUGGCAGAAGCGCAAGGUCAUAAAACAAUUUCCUCAUCCAAGAUACAACAAAUCUACUUUUCACAAUGACGUCAUGUUACUAAAGUUAAAGGAGAAAGCCAAACUGACCCUGGCCGUGGGAACACUCCCUCUCCCAUCCCAAUCCGAUUUUGUCCCACCUGGGAGAAUGUGCCGGGUGGCCGGCUGGGGAAGAACAGGAGUGGACAAACCUGCGUCCAACACUCUACAAGAGGUGAAGCUAAGACUCAUGGAUCCCCAAGCCUGCAAACGCUAUGCAAAUUUUGACCACAAUUUCCAGCUGUGCGUGGGCAAUCCCAGGAAGAUAAAAUCUAUAUUUAAGGGAGACUCUGGGAGCCCUCUUCUGUGUGCUGGGUUAGCCCAGGGCAUUGUCUCCUACGGACAGCAGAAUGCAAAGCCCCCAGCUAUCUUCACUCGAAUCUCCCAUUACCGGCCUUGGAUCAAUGAGAUCCUGAAGAAGAAUUAACCCCAGAAGCCUGGGUCAGCCUGAGAAAAAAUCCAGACCUGGAUCCAAGCCAAGUUCUCUGUGCCACUCACUCUGGACCUGCCUCUGGUUCCUACUGAAGCCUUGCCACAUCCCUGAGCCUCAAGAAAUUUCCUGAGGAUUACAGAACUCUCAAAAAACUUCAAUAAAGACCUGCUUCCAGACUUGA